AUGUCGGCCGCGGACGAUCUGCUGCGCGAUUUCGAAGAAGAUGAAGAUUUUCAAGAUGAUGAGGUCGAUCAGCAAGACCUCGUGGAGGAACCGGCCCAAGAAGACGCCUUGAAGCCUUCAAAUGAAUUUGACAUGUCCAUCGAGACCGCAGACGAACUAACGCGACUACACAAGGUUCUCCGUGACCACUACUCCGUUCGAUUCCCCGAACUUGAAACUCUCGUUACCAACUCGAUCAAAUAUGCAAAGACUGUCGCAAUUCUCAAAAAUGGACCCCUCGAUGAUAUCAAAGCCAUUCAAAGCUCUACGGACAACAUCACCGGCGAGGCGCUUAGCUCUGUACUGGACGCCCCUACCCUUAUGGUUGUGACGGUGGAGGGAACCACCACCAAAGGCCGCCCAUUGACCGAGUCAGAGCUCAAGGUGAUUCUUGACACCUGCGAGAGGAUUCUGAAACUUGACCGUGAGCGCACUGCUCUCACAGAAAGCAUUCGGUCUCGUGUGAACUCCAUUGCGCCCAACCUCGCGGCUCUCGUCGGACCUCAUACGGCGGCACAGUUCCUCAAUCAAACUGGUGGCUUGCAAGAGCUUGCCAAAAUCCCUGCUUGCAACCUAGGUGCUCAAGGUUCACGGCGGCAAGAAGGUCUUGGAUUCGCUACCAAUAUCGGUAUUCGCUCGAAGGGAUUCUUGUACGAUUCUGCCCUCAUUCAAGAGGUUCCUGAUGAUUUGAAAAAGCAAGCUAUCCGGAUCGUGGCCGCGAAGAUGGUGUUGGCCACUCGCGCAGAUAUGGCUCAGUACAAUAAGGAUGGCUCUCUGGGCGAAGAACUCAAAGAGCAAUGCUUCAAACGGUUGGAGAAGCUAACAGAGCCCGCACCCAACUCGGGCGUGAAGGCCCUUCCCGCCCCGGAUGAUAAGCCCUCCCGCAAGCGAGGUGGACGUCGUGCACGCAAGGCCAAGGAAGCCGUUGCGAUGACGGAGCUACGCAAGGCUCAGAACCGUCUUGCAUUUGGCAAGGAGGAGGCAGAAGUAGGGUACGGAACUGGAGAGGGGACCGUCGGUCUGGGUAUGCUCGGACAACAGAACGACGGCCGGAUUCGCGCUCUGCAAAUCGACCAACGCACUCGCGCCAAACUCAGCAAGAACAACAAGGGCUGGGGUGCCGCCACCCCCAUCAGCAGCGGCACGGCCUCAUCACUGCGCGGUUUCGGCCAGGGCGGUCCUGGUGGCACGGCCAGUGUGCUCCAGUCCAAAGGUCUCCGCUCGUCCGGCGUUGGAUCCGUGUCAGCCACCGCUGGUACCGCCAGUACAAUUGCAUUUACCCCUGUGCAGGGCUUAGAGCUCGUGGAUCCAAAGGUCCAGGCCGAGAUGAAUCGGAAGCGCAAGGCGGAUGAAGACCGCUGGUUCAACUCGGGCACAUUUACCCAGGUCGGCGGCAGUCAAAGCAACGUCAACACCCAAAAAGAUCGGGACGGUUUCAAGGUGCCCGCGCUUCCGCUGAAGAAGAAAGUCGACACUGGAGAGACCAAGAUGGGACCCCCACCGAAGCCUUUCAACGGGUAG